CCCCUGCAGGUGCCCCAGGCAGAGGUGCCCGAAUCCACGUUGGUGAUGCAGGUCUAUGACUUCAACCGCUUUGCCAAGCACGACAUCAUCGGGGAGGUGAGGCUGCCCCUGGCCAGCCUCAGCCUGCAGCACGUCAUCGAGCAGUGGAGCGACCUGGUGGUGGCCAGCAAAGUGGAGGAGGAGCAGCUGGGUGAGAUCUGCUUCUCCCUGCGCUACGUCCCCAGCACGGGCAAGCUGAUGGUCCUCAUCCUGGAAGCCAAGAAGCUGAAGAGGAUGGAUUCUCAUGGCCUUUCAGACCCUUUCGUCAAGGUGCAUCUCAUCCUGAACAGGAAGAAAUGGAAGAAGAAGACCACGAGUGUGAAGAAAAACACCUUAAGCCCUUACUUCAACGAGGCCUUUGUCUUCGAGGUGCCCUUCAGCCAGAUCCAGAACGUGGACCUGGUCAUCUCCAUCUGGGAUCAUGACAAAGUGACCAAAAACGAGCCCAUUGGCAAACUCUUCUUGGGCUGCAGAGCCACGGGCAACCAACUGAGGCACUGGUCUGACAUGUUGGCCAACCCACGCAGGCCCCUCACCCAGUGGCACGUCCUCCAGCCCCCAGAGGUGGUCGACAAAGCCCUGGGGUUGAAGUCCCACCUCAAGCUGCCCCUGACCUCCAGAUAG